CAAUCAAACCCAUUCCACUUGGCUCCUCCAAGGUCAAUGCAAGCUCGCAGUCUCCAUUUUCCCCAAAAGCAGCUUCUCAAACCCAUCGUCUCCCUCUCCACCUUGCAACUGUGUUUCCCUGUGUCCACUAUCCUGCGCGUGUGUUCUGAUCGAGCUCCAGGCGUUCCGAUGGCUGAGGUGCUGGCCACCAUGGUGGUCGGGCCACUGGUGUCCAUGGUGAAGGAGAAGGCCUCCAGCUACCUCCUGGAGCAGUACCAGGUGAUGCAGGGCUUGGAGAAGCAGCACAAGCUCCUCAAGCGCAAGCUGCCGGCCAUCCUGGACGUCAUCACCGACGCCGAGGAGCAGGCAGCAGCCAAGCGAGAAGGGGCGAAAGCUUGGCUGGAGGAGGUCCGGCAAGUGGCCUACCAGGCGAAUGACGUCUUGGACGAAUUCAAGUACGAGGCGCUCCGCCGCAAAGCCAGGGAGGAGGGGCACUACAAGGAGCUCGGCAUGGAUGUAAUAAAGCUCUUCCCUUCUCACAACCGUUUUGUGUUCCGUAUCAAGAUGGGCAACAAGCUCCGCAUAAUUUUGCAAGAACUUGAUGUCCUUAUCGCAGAGAUGAAUUGUUUCGGGUUCAAGUUCCGGCAAGGGCCACCAGUGCCCGUAAAUCACUUGAGGGAGAAUAGUUCUAAAAUCAUCGACCCUGUGGACAUUGCCGGCAGAUCCAGAGCUGGAGACAAGGAGAAGAUUAUUAAGUCGUUGCUUGAUAAAGCUAGCAAUGUGAAUCUCACGGUCUUUCCUAUUGUCGGGAUGGGAGGGAUGGGGAAGACCACCUUAGCACAGCUUGUUUACAAUGACCCUGAGAUUCAGAAGCAUUUCCAGCUGCAACUCUGGGUGUGCGUCUCUGACAACUUUGAUGUGGAUACCCUGGCUAAAAGAAUUGUGAAAGAAGCUAAGAAGAAGUUUGAAACGAAAGAAGCUAAGAAGAAUGGUUGUCAAGCAAAUGGAAGUUCAGCAUUGGACAAGCUUCAAAAUGUAGUGAGUGGGAAGAGGUACCUCCUCGUAUUGGAUGAUGUCUGGAACCGUGAUGAGGCACACAAGUGGGAAAAACUGAAGUCCUACCUUCAUGGUGGCAGCGGCAGUUCAGUGUUGACAACAACUCGUGAUCAAGAAGUCGCAAAACUAAUGAUGGGUACAGCUAAAGGAGCCUAUGAACUUGGACGCUUGGGUGAAAAUUUCAUAGAGGAAAUUAUCAAGUCAAGAGCAUUCAGCUCAAAACAAGAAAAGGAUUGGCCCCGUGAACUAGUUAACAUGGUUGGUGAUGUUGCAAAGAGAUGUGCUGGUUCUCCUUUAGCUGCUACAGCAUUGGGCUCUGUGUUAAGUACCAUGACCACCGCGCGGGAAUGGAAGGAUGUGCUAAGGAGAAAAAAGAUUUGUGAUGAUAGAAACGGAAUCUUACCAGUACUCAAGCUUAGUUACAAUUGCUUGCCAUCACAUAUGCGGCAAUGCUUUGCUUUCUGUGCUAUGUUUCCCAAGGAUUAUGAGAUUGACGUGGAAAUGUUGAUCCAGUUAUGGAUGGCCAAUGAUUUUAUCCCGGUGCUACAAGGAGAAGAACAUCCUGAAAUUUCAGGUAAAAAUAUUUUCAUUGAGCUUGCGUCAAGGUCAUUUUUCCAGGAUGUGAAGGGGAUCCCAUUUGAGUUCACUGAUAUAGAGGUCUCUAGAGUUACUUGUAAGAUCCAUCACCUUAUGCAUGACGUUGCACUAGAUUCUAUGGGAAAAGAAUGCGCUGCUCUAGCUACAGAACAGAGUAAAAGUGGGGAUUUUUCACAUUCAACUCGUCAUUUAUUAUUAUCAGAAACUUUUCUGAAUGCUUACCAGGAGAAACGCACUAAAGAUAAAGAUAAAGAUAAAGAUAAAGAUAAUGACGUUAUACAAACACUGAUAUGUGAGGCAGAUGUAUUCGUAGACUUGCAGCUUUUGUCGAAGUACAUAUCUCCGCGAGCACUAAAGAUAAAGAUCAACCGAGCUUCAUUCCUCGGACCCAGAUGUCUUCAUCACCUGAGGUAUCUUGAUCUCUCAGGAAGCUAUGAUAUUAAAUCACUUCCUAAAUAUAUAAGCAUCCUAUAUCAUCUGCAAACAUUGAACCUUUCUGACUGUCGCAAUCUUGAACGACUUCCAAAGGGAAUGAAGUACAUGACUGCCCUCCGUCACCUCUACACUCACGGAUGUGAAAAGUUAAAGACCAUGCCUGCUGACCUUAGACACCUCACUUCCCUACAGACCCUUACAUGCUUUGUAGCAGGUGCUGGAUCCGGUUGCAGUAAGGUGGGAGAACUUGGGUGGUUAGACGACCUUGGUGGUCAGCUGGAGCUAAGACAGCUAGAAAAUGUGAAAGAAGCAGAUGCAAAUGAGGCAAAACUCGGAAAUAAGAAAAAACUGGCCAGAUUGACAUUGAGAUGGAGUGAUCGUGACAAGGAGGCACAUAAUAUUGAUAAGGAGGUACUGGAAGGUCUGGAGCCUCAUGAUGGGCUGAAGGUUCUAAGGAUAUAUUGUUGCAGUAUCGACACUUGUCCAACAUGGAUGAAUAAGUUGCAAGGUAUAGUGGAGCUUGAGUUAUCUGAUUGCAAAAGGCUCGAGAAGCUUCCUGCAUUCUGGCAGUUACCAGCUCUGCAAAUUCUUUGCUUGCGCGGAUUGGAAAACAUACGUUACUUGUGCAGCAGUGAUACAGCCUUCACAUUUCAGAAACUGAAGAACCUUGCAAUUUUUAAGUUGCCAAACUUUGAGAUAUGGUGGGGCACAGGUGAGGUGCGAGGAGAAAGGCCAAUAUUUCCUCUGCUUGAGAAGCUGUUGAUCAAAGAGUGUAAAAGUCUGGCUGCAUUGCCGAAAGCAUCAGUUAUUAAAGAAACAUUUGAAGGGGUCAAGACUGAGUACAGGUCUGCAUUUCCAGCAUUGAAGGAAAUGGAAUUAGAAAAUCUUGAGAUGUUUCAACGAUGGGAGGAUGGCGAAGGAAAUCCAGGAGAAGAGCUAGCGUUUCAUCGGCUUGAGAAACUAAUAAUUCGGAGUUGCCCAGAGUUGACUACUCUACCCGAAGCACCGAAGCUAAGUGUAUUAGAAGUAGAAGGAGCCAGCCAACAAAUAUCGUCCCUGCACGCAGCUAGCAGAUAUAUCACUUCAUUGUCCAUCCUGGAGUUGUGUGGCGAUGACCUAGAAACAGAAUCGGUGGCUGAACAAAAUUCGGGUGAGUUGGUGCAUGGCAAGGAGAAAUGGGAGCAUAAAUCCCCUUUGACAGAUAUGACGUUAUGUAGAUACAACAUUUUGUUCUCCCACUCAAGUGCACUGCCACUACGGACAUGUUUUGCACAGCUCGUAGAAUUAGGAAUUUGGUGGUGCGAUGCUCUUGUCUAUUGGCCAGAAAACGUGUUCCAGGCCCUGGUAUCCUUAAGGGUGUUAUAUAUUUGGGGAUGCAACAAACUGACUGGACGCACACCAGAAACUUCUGAGCAAUCUGCUCCAGAACGGAGUGGACUCCUGCCAUGUCUAGAGUUUCUAUCCUUAAAAGAGUGUCCAUCUUUGGUAGAGGUUCCCAAGCUACCGGCAUCUCUCAAGGUAUUAGAAAUUUACGAUUGCCGUAUGCUUGGGUCCAUCAUAUUCAGUCAGCAGGAGGAUACGUCAUCACUAAUUCCAGGGUCCAGCAGUGAGGUCAGGGCAUCUACAGCUGUACUGAAGCUGUCAUCAUCGACCAGCCAUCCCUUCCUUCCAUGCCUAAAAUUGCUAGGAGUAGAAAUAAUGUGUUGCGGUGGCUUGUCAGAUGUUGCCAAUCUUCCUCCGUCCAUCAAGUUCUUGUCGAUUCGUGACUGCGACAAUCUUCGAUCCCUAUCAGGACAGCUGGAUGCCCUCCAAACAUUACAUAUUGUGAAGUGCAGUAAACUGAAAUCACUGGAAUCUUGCUUAGGAAGGCUCCCAUCGCUGGAAGACCUCGGCCUUUGGAAUUGCAGAAGCCUGCAAUCCUUACCGAAUGGGCGUCAAGCCUACUCAUAUCUUAGAUCUCUUUUGAUUAAAUCUUGUCCUAGUAUAAAGUUGCUUCCCCCGAGCCUACACCAACGUCUGGAUCAACUCGAGGAGAAAAUACUAGAUGCCCGUUACGAAGGAUGGGAAUAUUCAAUUAGGAGGCGGCUGGCAUGCUUGAAAUAGCAGAUUGAAGACCUGAUGAAAGUUAUUACCAUGGUUCGUAAUAUUCGUGUGCCUGAUGAUUGAUUUUGUAUGACACUAGCUUCUAAUGCUGACUCCCGUGUUUGACUUCUUUGUAUGAUAGUUACCAAAUCAGUGAUGCUGCGUCAUGGUCCAUAACGAAUUAACGAUACCAUGAGCCAUAAGAAAUUGGUCCUGAGAACAAUUUAUUUGUAAAGACAACAAAGUCGUCCUGGAAGCGUCAGGACAAAAAUGUCAAUGCAAAUAGCUGCAUGGUCGGUGAUCUGCCAA